AUGUUUCGCAAGAAGAGUUUUGGACCUUUGCUCACAACCAUGAACGGUUAUUUGUGGACGUUUAUCCUAUGGAUAACUACGGCCGUGUAUCAAGCGAAUGGCGAAACUGGUAAGGACGCUUUUUGUCUUCUGUCACGACGAAGUUUUUCUACGUUGAUUCGUGAAUCCUGGUUAAGUCUUACUAGUUCUGUAAUCGGAUUACCAGUUGAAUUGCUUGGUUUUCUGACUGCUUAGUACGGUUUUGAUUUAUUUUAAAAUGACCGAUGAAAAAUUGUGAGUUGAAACAACAGUGUAUGAGUAAUGUUGCUUGAUGUGCAUGUUUCUUUCAACUUGUUGAAAGCUGCCAUAGAAGACUGGCACCCGCUGCGUGAUUAGAGAUUUACAGUAUCCGCGCUCACAUCUCUCAAAAGAGAAUGAAAGACCACCAAUAGCUAGGUAGUUUCGAACCACUAAACUGCUUAAGAUAUAAUUAUUUCGUUUUCUCAAUUCCACUUCGCGAAGAAAAUAUAGCCUCCCAUCUAAACAUUUUUUAAGAACAUCACGGAAUUUCAAAAUAUCCGGUUAAGAUGAUAAGCACGAAAGGGAAAGUUCUACAGAGAUUAUUGGACCGUGGUAUUAUACAAUUAGGGCUAAAAUAAGAAAUAAAAUGGGAAAUCCGUUUUCAUAGAUGGAAAGGUUUGAAUGGAUAAAAUCUCUCAAUAAUGUACGAAAUUGACAAGGUAAGAGGGCUUCCAAAAUUAGUUUGCGUAUAUAUUGGAGGAAUUUUGCUCACACUCUAGGAAAGUAUCAGUUUCUUCUUCAGUUUCUUGUCUUUUUUUCGAGUACUAUGUCCAAGCAUGGGAUUCGCAUGUGAUAGAAAUCUGAAGGAAAGACUAUUAGAUCUAUUAUUUGUAGUCACAGAGAUACAUACGUAGUUAAGAACCAUCUAUAACAGCUGGUUCCUGAACUACAAGGUUCAUAAUGUAAUUUUGUGCUGCCACGCGAUCAGAAUAUGCGAAUGCUAGGGUAACCCUCUUGCUAGGGGUAAGCCUAGCACCAGGGUUACCCUCCCUCCUUGUAAACAGGACCUAAAACUAAAAUGAUUACAAAGAGUUAGUCACAGGAUUUGGGCCAAUCAGAAACAGAGAAAUUUUUUGAAUGGAUAACAUUAACAGGGAACUUCUGAAGUAAAAUGGUCCCUAAUAUACUGUACACGUACAGUGUAAGGCCCAGUUCAUAGAUCAUGCUUCUUUGCUGAGCUGAAUUUAUUGCCAGUAAUUUUUGAAUUAACAUUGACAAAAAUAUGACAUGUCAGAUAAACUCUGACCCAACAUCUGACUUGAAGCUGUGCUGUGAUCUGUGGAGAACCUUACCCUGGGUGCCAUAGGCUUUUCGUACGUGGUUUUUGGUUUCAGUCAAGUCUUAAAAAGUGACCUGUGCAAAAAGCCUCUGGACCGCCAUCCCUUUGAUAGUGCUGGGCCAGUUACAAGUUCCCAACUUAUACCAAAACAUCCAGAAUGUGGAUGUUUCGCUAAUUUGGUUCCUUGGAGAUGUUGAGUGUUUCAAAUGUUCUGAUGGGAUUGUAAUCACAAAUAGGCGUGUGAUCGAGACUCAGGUGUUUUGAAGGUGAAAAAGAUCAAAUCCAAACAAUCCAAGCAUGCGUUGUGUACGUUUUCGCUUUUUGGACGAGAAUUGGAAAUAUCAGAUGCCUGUAUGAAUGGAAGAUUUAGAAGAGGCAAUAGCCAAAGUCAUUGUAACAUUAUUUUGAUGGUGAGGAGGAAAUAACUGCGGAACUAAGAGAGAUCGUUGUAAAUAAUGUUCAAAGGAAAGACAUAUUAGCGGCUAGAUUAUGCUCUGGAGGGUUCUAUGUUUUGACUGAGCAAAUGUGCAUUAUUUUUGCCGCUUGUUUUAUACUGAGAGGUCGUAACAUGCAUAUUGAUUUUCUGCAGUUUGUUUCUGGUCAGCAUGAUUUGCCCUCUGAUGCGAUAGCAUUUUCUUUGAUCUCUUUUGAAAUGUAGACUUCUUGUUUGAAUGUGAAGGCCUUUGAUUGUGACAUGUUGUGUACAUGUACAAAUAUUAAUUUAUAUUUAAUAUUUGAAAAAAACAAUAUUGUAAAAAAUAAUUAUAUAAAAUUUCCAUUUUAUUUUGUCAGAAAUUGUACUGAAACAACCCAUUGAUGGUGUACUUUGGUCGUGGCAUACUACAAGGAUGAGUAAUGGUGGUGCAGGGGUAAGCAAUACCCAAUUUGUGACUAACUUCAGUUUCGUUAUAAUAAAUUUAGAAAUGUAUUUUAAAACAAAAUUCAAAUAUAUUAAAGAAACUGGACAUUUCGAUAGCUAACUAGGUAUGGAUGAGUUUUAUUUUAGUUUGAAAUGGUUGCUUAAGACAAGAAUAUCAGUACAAAAAAUAUUGAUGUUUUUUUAAAAGCAUUGUGGGGAAAGGGGAGGGGCUGUAAUGUUUUCAAUAGCCAAAUAUUGUCUGUGGGUCAAUAGUAAGGUCAACAGUCAGUAAUAGACUUACAGUGUAAAUGUAUGUGAAAUUUAUCACCAGCUUUCGGCGCAACCGCUGACUGUUAGCCAACAGGCUGGCUGGCAGUUGGCAGCAUGUUGGUAAUGCGUCGGCAAUGUGUCAGUAAAACUAAUAUUGGUGUGCAUUGUCUUAUAUAGUACUUAAUAUAUAUGUUGUAGUUAAAUUUUUAUUUCAGGUAAUUUUUGUUUUUCUUUUGUUUUUGGGCAUAGUAAUGUAUGCUCAUGAAGUUGAAACAAAGGAGAAAUAAAAAUUACCUGAGAUGAAAAAUUAACUACAACAUAUACAUUACUUUGCAAAGCAAAAAAAGGAAGACUCUAUAGUAUGAAUCUGACCAACCCAAAACAAGCCUUCCGAUAGGGUGCAAUGAAAAAUCAGAAAUUAUGCAGCAUUUUCAGCUGGACAGAUUGUGCGUUAAGAUAGGGCUAUUAUGUGAUAAAUUAUGUGAUUUUUUCAGGGCUAAUUUACAUUGUUUUGCCAGGUUUCAAAGGAGAAUAACCACUUAACUGUUGUUUAACAGGCAAUUUGAAUGUAAAGGUUAAGGAAUAAUAAAACAUCUACAUGUAUUUUAAAACAAAAUUAUUAAAUCUGUCCAAUUACCGGGUAUCUUGAUCCAGAAAAGAAAACAAUCAGAGAGAAAGAAUAAGGACACUUGUUUAACCCAUUCGCUCCUAGAGAUUUUGCCGAAAAACGCGUUUUGAAGCUAGUCGAGUGGUUUUCUGGUCACUGUCGUGCUAUAAAGAGCUAAAACUUACCACAAACUGGUUUACAGGUCGAACACUUCGCGGUCUUCCGAUCCAGAUGCAAAAUAUCAGCUUGCGAAGUUCGGGCAUGCGCAGAAAGCAAAAUUUCGACAUAGUUUUUGGGUUUAAAAGUGACACAGCAGUCUUGACUUUUACUUUUCGCUUUCUCUCCUCCCUUCUUUUUUUGCUUUUCUUGCCUCAUUUUUUUUUUCUCUUGCUGGGCAUUUAGUAGGCUUGAUUUUGGUGGGAAGAGUUUUUAGGAAAGCUUUUAGGAUCUUAGGAUUAGGCGAAAGGAAAGGUAGGUGGGUAAUGGGACAAGAUUUUCAUGGAGAUUUUCAGGUCAAUGUCACGUGGUUUUUUGCUUGUUUCUCCGGUGUCCUUGACUGAAUUGUGCUCAUUCUGGUAUGGUUUGAAAGAUCUCUUCACUCUGCACAAGUUAGUGAAGAAAGUUGUCCUUGACCGUUAAAACUGAUGACGUCACAAUGGGUAGAAAGGACCUGGAUCCGCACGGGCGGUUACGGGCGGUUCAGGGGCGAAUGGGUUAAUCAAAAAACCUAAAAAUGGCCUUUUACCAACUUUUUCACCUGAUUUGACAUGAAAUAGACAGAUUUGGUUGUUUUAUGCUGAAAAGUGGAUUUUUUUCAAAAAGCUUGGUCCUUUGCUUAACCCAUUCGCUCCUAGAGAUUUUGCCGAAAAACGCGUUUUGAAGCUAGUCGAGUGGUUUUCUGGUCACUGUCGUGCUAUAAAGAGCUAAAACUUACCACAAACUGGUUUACAGGUCGAACACUUCGCGGUCUUCCGAUCCAGAUGCAAAAUAUCAGCUUGCGAAGUUCGGGCAUGCGCAGAAAGCAAAAUUUCGACAUAGUUUUUGGGUUUAAAAGUGACACAGCAGUCUUGACUUUUACUUUUCGCUUUCUCUCCUCCCUUCUUUUUUUGCUUUUCUUGCCUCAUUUUUUUUUUCUCUUGCUGGGCAUUUAGUAGGCUUGAUUUUGGUGGGAAGAGUUUUUAGGAAAGCUUUUAGGAUCUUAGGAUUAGGCGAAAGGAAAGGUAGGUGGGUAAUGGGACAAGAUUUUCAUGGAGAUUUUCAGGUCAAUGUCACGUGGUUUUUUGCUUGUUUCUCCGGUGUCCUUGACUGAAUUGUGCUCAUUCUGGUAUGGUUUGAAAGAUCUCUUCACUCUGCACAAGUUAGUGAAGAAAGUUGUCCUUGACCGUUAAAACUGAUGACGUCACAAUGGGUAGAAAGGACCUGGAUCCGCACGGGCGGUUACGGGCGGUUCAGGGGCGAAUGGGUUAAUAUUACAUGACACUGUUACACCGCUGACCACACUGCUUGUCUCAGAAAUCAAAAUGGCUGCCCAGAUACCUCGAUCGAAGGUUUCAGAUGUCUUGCAAGGCUUUCUUUAGUGGUAAAUCACCUUAAAUAACAUUAAGAUUGGGAAAAUGUUUCAUUUAAGUUAGAAUUCAUUGUUUACUUUACUUGAAUUUAGCGUUUUUUUUAACAAAUUCUGUGAUUUUCCUCAAAUUGUGCAAUAAGAUGUGAUUUGAGGUCAAUUGUGCAAAAUUGCACCAUCACGUAAGAUCAGAUGGCCUGCAAAAGUUGAUUAAUGCUUGGAAGAAAAAUGCGAAAUUAUUAUUAUUAUUAUUAUUAUUAUUUUUGUCUCUAUUAUCGCAGUCUUUGCUGGUGUUCUUUUUGUGCAUCAGCCGGGCGUAAACCAUGCACCUAGAGCGUCAGUCACUCAAGUCAAUCAUUCUGUUCAUACACUGAGCUAUUAUUAUUAUUAUCAUUAUUAUUAUUAUUUUUGUUACGGUCCACCAUAUUGUAAACUAGAUAUUAUAUUUUACAAUGGAGGUUCCAGUCCUAUCACAUCACAUACAGUAAUGGUACUAAAACAAGACUUUCAGAGCAUGAUCAAGAAGCAAGUCAGAAAUUUGUUUAAAGGACAUCAGUUUUUGCAAAGGGGAAAACCAUCUGUUACAUUUACAUAAUGUAAUAUAAUCUGUAUUAUUGGUCUUCAACUUUUGCCACCAUAAGCUCAUAAUAAAGGCAUCAGAACAAGACUCGUAGAGCAUGGUCAAGAAGCGAGAGAUUUAUUUCAAUGGCAUCAGUUUUUUAAAGUAAAAGUUGAGGGAAAACCAUGCAUUAAUAUUAUCUAAAUUCUUAUUGGUCAUUGACUUUUGUAAACUUGAUGGCUAUGGGGGUGUCUGUAAAUAAAGCAUCAAGUGCUGGUCACGUGUAUCAAGUAGCAUCAAGCACAAGUGUGUGGAGGCAGCAUGGCUGAGCAGUUAGGUUGUUGGACUUGUAAUCCAAAGGCCCCUAGUUCAAGUCCCACCCUGACCACUAGCUGGAUUUGUUGUCGGUAGUAAUGAGUUGAGAUCCUUGGUAAUGCCAAAAAAAUAGCCAACUGAUUUGCCUCCUACUACAGACUGUAGUUGGGAUUCUUUAAUAUAACUUUGUUAUGACCCAUUUUCAAGCUGGGAAUAAAUACUUUGUUUUAUAAUCCCUGAGAAGCCCCAUAGUAGUAGUGGUUAAUUGAGUACAGGACUGGUGUAUUUUGAUUUCUUACUUUCUUGUAACUAUAACAAACUGCUAGGUUGUUCUUGCAAUUUGCCUUGUGUAUACAUGUACUUAUGAAUCAUGGUGAGAAUAUGUUGAUAGUUCAGGAGAGUCUGGUGUACUCCUUAUAGUACAUGUUAUUUGAGUUUUGAAUUGAUGUGUUAUGUUUCUAUUUUCUUUAGUGGAAUUUAGCACCAAGCCAGAGGGCAUAUUCAGUCUGCGACAUUACAAUUAAAAGCCAACCAACUAACUGGCUAAGAUCAGAUUUCAUUGAUGUCAAGGAUGCUAAAAUGCUGAAUGUUGAACUGAAGUACAAUCUUCUUGGAUGUCCAACAUCUAAAAGUUCUGUCUGCAAUCACGAGUUAAGCAUUUAUGUUCUUCAUGUAGAAAAAGAAUUAGUUGGAGUUGAUUUAAACCCUCUCACGGCUAAAGAAACAUACCAAAAGGUAGAAACAAUUGUGCCAAAAGUCCUGCCUCCACCUAAAGAAUUAAAGGAGUAUGAUUAUGAUAGUAAAAUCAUAACCGAAAAGGGAGGUGUGUAUCUUGCGUUCUUAGACCGAGGAGCCUGUGUGUCAUUAUCACGUGUUAUUGUGAGCUACAAUUAUUGCUCUGAGAUUGGCAGUGUUUUGGUGAGAUUUUCAAGGACAGCUGCUCCUGUGAAUGACUCCUAUCUAGAGGAACAAACAGGGCGUUGUACUGAUGUGAACUCGAUUAACAAAGUGAAACUGUCAGGAGUGUGCCUUAGUAGUGGAGAAUGGAAUAUCACUGAUGGAAUCAAAUGCCUCUGUAAACCUGGCUAUCAGCUUGUUAAUGGAUCUGACGAAAAUGUCCUGGAAUGCAGUGGUAAGAAUUGUAUUUUGCUUUUACUAAUUAAAUAGUAGUCAAAGAUUAUGGUGCUCAGUCUUUAAGGGCCCUAGGCACCUAGUGAGGUUGCAUAUUAACAAUAGUCAAAAAUUUCCUGAUCAGGCUUUGAUCUAUGAAAUACAUGUUCAGAAAGAAAGAGAUUAACCUACAGAGUAUUUAAGAAGGAAAAUGAUUUUUUCUUAUUGCCAUGUAGUUUUUCCAUUUGAACUUAGUUCAAUACUUUGUCAAGUUUGUUGUUUGACCCAGCAGUCAGUCUGCUCAGCCUACUUCUAGUGUUUGGAUUGGCCUGUGUUGCAGCCGGCCUGCGAACUCAACUAAACCAUUUAUAUAGUCCGUUUGUGAAUUAGUGCACAAAAGCUGGUUCUAAUAUCCUGAAGAGUUGCAAGGACAUAUGUGAGUGUUUCUGAUAGGCAGUUUCUUAUGGGUUUCAUGAUUGGCCUAAUUCUUAUGUGUGUGUGUGAUUGUUGGGCACAGUGACUUGUUAAAAUCACAGAAGGGAGUUGGCAAGGAUCGUUUACUGUAAACAACGAAAAAGGUUUUGGAACUUUAAAACCUCCUUCUGAACAAUGCUUGGAGAGAUUCUUCAAGGCCAGAAUUUGCUUGUAAAUUUGCUGACUGGUUUUCCAGCAUCUUCCAAUCUCUGCAGAAGCACCACAACAUAUUCUGCAAUCUAGCCGACAGUUCUAAUGUCAAAACAAAUCAGGAAAUCAAGAUAAUCAAGGCCAAAAUUUUUUUUUUUUUUUUUUUUACUGUAGGUCCAGGCAUUUCAGAGGAAAUCAAAGUUAUUUAUUUAACAACAAAAAAGCUGAAGGCUUAAUCAUAGGUUAUUUUAUCAUCUCAUGGUUAACAGCAUCUGUGAUCAAAUCUUGUCAGAAAACAUCUGCAGAAACAUAAACCACAGGAACUAAUUACAGAUCAGCUUUAUAACCUCUAAAUGUGAGACUCAAAGUGGCAUUCUCAAUUGUAGAUUACAAAAAUAUACUCCAUGAACUGCAUGAACUACGCAAAAAGAGAGCAAGAAAAACCUCUGGUGUUCAAGCUGACUUUAAGGUCACAUUUCACACUAUCAUGAGCUCAGUCUCAGUCUUGUCAUGAGCUAUUAAUUGUGUUUGGCCUGUCAACACUUAAUUCAAAUUGGACUAAAUCACAAACUGUGUAAGAAACUAGCCAAUCAAAAAUGGCAACAUAUGUCUUAAUUUGCGACUCUGCAGGGUGCGAACAUGGUAUUGUGCACUAAUUCGCAGACACUCUAUUGGUGGUUUGCACUGUCACACUAUCAAAAACUAAAAUCAAAAUAGUGGAAUGUCUGAAGCCAAGAAUUUCAGAUAUUAUAGAAUAUUGAUAAAUUAACAACCUGGCCCAAGUCUCGCAUCUGUGCAGUUUCCCGCUGCUGAGUUGUUUUUCAAAAUAGAAAAUUUAUUUUCAAAAACAGAAAUUUAUACAUGCAGGGGUCACUAUGGGGACGCCAUAUUCGUGCUCAUCUGAGGAGCACAAACAAUACAUGUAAAGCGGCCAGAAAUAAUGCAAACAUCUGGUUUCAGUAUCGCCACAGAUUUGAUCAGUUGUUCAUUGCGAGCAAGCAGAUUAUUCCCCUAAAGACAUUUACAGUGUACUAAUACUUUCACCAUUCAAAGAGCAUAAUAUCAUGCAAUAAAAUUAUUUUUUAGCAUAAUGUGACGGCCUUCUCAGUCACCAUAUUAGCAUCAUGUGGAGUAAACUUGGAAAAUUAGAAUGAGCUACAUGUACAUAUUGUCAAAAUGGAAAAUGCUAUCACAUUGAAAACUUGCACAGAAGUUUAUUACUAAGAGAUCUUUUGCUACAUGUAGAUGGAGAUAAAACUUUAAAAGUUCUUGCGAUUUUGGAGUUUGGAUUGUCGUGACAUCACUUGAAAACCAAGAAUACUGAAGGUGCGGAACAUCUGCGAUGCAAACAGUGUUUGGAUGGUCUUAACUUAAAAUGCUCUUAUUAAUCCUACACGUAGAGUGUCUGAAGGGCUUUUACAAGAGUGUGGCAAACAAUAGUAAAUGCGACAAGUGUCCUGCAACCUCAGCAUCCAAUACUGGAAGAACAGGUUGCUUAUGCAAUGAUGGAUUCUACAAGAAAUCUGAGUUAGCUCCUUGUAAAGGUAAAUACAUGUACUAUACCUAAGACAUAUGCAGGGUUCAGUUUAUCUUUGGUUCAAUAAUUAAUUUUAAUAGCCCAUGGACAAUAUCACCCACUGAAUUGAUGGGUUAUUAACCCUACAUCUUCAGAAUAUUAUGGUAAGCGCCAGCUGGUUACGAAUAAGCUGGGGGAUUGGAGCCAAUCAGAAAUGGCAUAAUAUUUUGAGUGAAUGAUUUUUAUUUAAUUGAUGUAAAACUCAUUUACUUUCUCACUGCAUCAAGACCAAUGCAUGUGAUGCAUCAGGACCAAAAAAAUUCAAGAGCUUUCCUGAUAUGAUAUGUUUUGUAUAAUUACUUUUCUAAAGACUCAGGGCUUCCCUGGACACUAUACCCUUUCAGUUGAAUGGGCCACUUUAUAGAAAUAAACUGUUCAUGUAGUGCUUUACUUGACAUUUGAUAUUACUUUACUAGUACCAUAAUAAUAUAAUGAUAGUAGAUGUACUCACAGUCCAGGUCACAACAGGGUGAACAUGUGGAUGGUUAAAUGUUAAAAGCAAUUUGCAACUUCAAAGAAAACACAAAUCCUACUGCCUUGUAUGACUAGAGGUAAUCAUUGGUUACGGAUCCACUUUCGCCACUUAUGGAAACGAAAUUGAGUCAAAAGGAGUCCAGUUUCCCUGCCAAGAUGCCCCUGCUAAAAUAAGUGGGGGCGGCUAAUCAACAGUUGCCCCCGAUACCUCGAAAAUCUGUGGCUUUGUACCACAGGAACACCAAGAUUAGGAUGCCUUCUGAAGAACACAAAUAUUGCCUAAUAUUAAAACAAACUUUACAAACAUAAUUAAUUGUUUACGCCCAUUUUGUCAGUUCAAAUCACAUCUGUGUAGUUUGCCUAGCUCUGGCCUGCACUGUAAUUGCACUGCUUAAUCAAUCUCAAUGAAUUUUCACCUUUACCCAGCUUUACCAGCGGCACCACUCUAUGCAAAUGCUACUUUGGUUAAGGCAACGUAUGUUGUGAUUAAGUGGAAACGCUCAACUGAUGACAGUGGUGGGAAGUUAAGAUAUGCUGUAGACUGUUUCAAAUGCGAGUCCAGUAAUUACAAGGAUUGUAAAGAGCCAUGUGGAGCAAGGGUACAGUAUAUGCCAAGCCAAGACAACAUCACAAGUGUUACUGUGACAAUAAAUGGCUUGCCUCCUGACAGCUUUCUCAAGUUUCGAGUUUACUCUGUCAGUGAGUUGAAUGAAGAGGAAAAAGAUAGAGACAAAUGGAAAUAUGUUAUGGUAUCAGUGAAAACUAAAGGUAAGAAAUUAUUAUUAUAAUAAUAUUGUUAAGGUGUUUUGAUACAGUUUUUUGGAGACCAUACUGAUGUCUUUCAAUCGCCUUAAAAGUGAUUUUUUCCUUGUCCGAUCACUGCAAACUUUUCACUUGUGAUUGACUAUGAAUUGAAGUCUGUCAGUGUCCGUCAAGUCAUGCAGUUUUUAGUAAAAUUAUUGAUAUCACUAUGACAAUGUUCAAUAAAAAUUAAUCCGAAUUUUGCAUAAUCUAGACCUGCUACUGAAAAUCCGACACCAUGAACUUAAAGUGUGGUGUUUAGCAAAUACCCUCUGAGAGAAGUAAAAAAUUCUGUACCUUCAAUAGCCAUGUUAAGAGCGGAUGUCAGUAAAUAUCGACCAGAGGUCUACAAAAGUGAAAAUUCUCAAAAAAAUUCACAAAGUAGCACUAGGUAAGCUAUUAACAUAAAUGUAAUUUUUACUUCGAUCCGAUAAUUAUUUUCCACUUACGGGGGGUUAUUGAUUUCGCGGCUCUCUGACCGGGUUUUCCAGGCCCAAGACCAUGUGUCACAAAAAAAAUCGUUUUAUAAUUCAAAUCCAUUGUAAUGCGGACAAAAAAUAACUUAUUCAGAAGAGUACAUAAUUGCACACAUUUUAAGUGGUGAUUUACUCAGUUUGAACGAAAAUGUAAUAUUUUGGAGAUUUUUCAUUAUUUUCAAUAUUUUGAACGUUUUGGUUCAAUGAAAAAAUGGCAAAUUUCAAAGCCCAAAAUUGUCGAUUGGUACCUCAAUUUCAAUAACGAGUCUUAUACCACGUUAAAGAGCAUUAUCUGUUCUUUUAAAAUCUGCUUUCAAAACUAUGGGCAACUGAAAGGAAAAUUUUUGAGGCCAAAAAAUACAAGUAGUACUUUUCUGAAAUUUGAGCUUUCCAGACUUGGCGGGCCGAUGCUAAAAACUCAGAAAAGUGCAAUAAGAAAUCCGUUUGAGCAACAGUGGUUUAACGUUAUCAGCUAUCAGAAACCAACACGUGUUUUUGAGCGAUCUGAUAAAAUUUAAAGCCGUUUUCCAACAAGAAAAGCAGAGUUUAGCCAUCUUCUGCAACCAAACGCACUUGAAAGUCACGUAAGGUUGUCAAAGGGCAAAGCACAAUAAUAAACUUCAAAAAGCAUGACGUUACUGCAUCCAGGAAUUAGACUUAAGCGGACAGAAAAAUGCCUACGAGUGUAUGUUUCAUACCUUAGCAUGGGUUUCCUAGAUACUGGAAAUAAAAAAACAUCAAGGACAACAUUGGCAAGAGCAUCUUCGGCUGCUCCCAAACGACGGAGAUUGUGUUACUUUUCACAGAUUGACUGCUUACCACCGGUUUUUGGGGCUCGCAUUUCAACGGAACGCUUGCCUUGUGUGGCGUGCGGCACGGAUCUGAACUCUUCUUCACAAGACAUCCACCAACAACACGAGCUUUUUUUUGGGUAUUCGUCGUUUUUUCUACGAAAAGUGCGGGUAAGCAGAUUCACGCGAAAACCAUUUGGCUUAAAAAAUGUGUUUAAAACCCCACCCUGGAUUUGAAGCAAAAAGUAUUUCCUCGAAAUAAGCUAAAAAAUACCCUAUUCAUGUGGUGAAAAAAUGGAUGAUUAUGGAAGGAUUAUCAAAUUCUUUCCUAACCUGAGGGAUUUCCCAAUUUCCCGUGAUGUAGGAUUAGGGGUAUGAAAAAAGCCCAUAGCCUGCUCCUGUCGUUGUUAAUUUCCUCAAGAUCAAAAAGUUCAGUAAGAACCGAAAAAAACAGCUUAAAGGAGGUGUACAAACCUUGAACUAGCCAGGGAAAAGGGGCUUCUGAUUGAGCUAAACUGUCAUUAAUGCACAGUGCAAUUAGUUAGACCGGUUACUGUCCCCCGCACAUCCAACUACAGGAACAAGUCCAGUCAUUUGGGCAACCUUGUCCCCAGGGCUUUUCCCUUAAAAAAUGGGUGGGAAGCCCCACCCAUUUUUUAAGGGAAAAGCCCUGGGGAUAGGGGGCGGGGCAAAUCGAAAAUAACUUCUCUUUUUUUUUUGUAAAGUACGUCAUUUCUUGCACGGUUGACAAGGUGACGGCGGACUCCGUAGCUGUGGAAAGGUCCUUUUGAAACAUGUCCCAGCAACAUGCAGGGCAUCACGAAAUUGACGUCAACACCUUGAAUCAACUCCAUGAACAGGGAGAGGCAAUAAGUCCCAUCUUAACAGAUGCUUGAUGUCUAGACGUGAAUAGUCUGUCCACAGUCAUUUUUAAUUUUGUAUUUUGGGACCAUUUGACAGCGCACUAGUGAACCGGAGCGCAGUAACGAGCCCUAACCCCAUCCCAUUGCCCUUGCGGUCAAUAAAUCGUUGCGUUUUUCAUUUUUUUUAUGCGCGUUCGAGAAUCUCCAAAGGGAAUAUAGAGGGUCUUUAUGCAGUUUCAGUUUAUUUUAGCGACAAAAAAGAACAAAACAAAGCAAAAGACAAGUAUAUAGAAAUACGCAGAAGCAAUGUGGUAAGGAAGCCCAAAAAGAAACCAUAAGGCUUAGGUCAUCCCCUUUUUGUUCGUUUAGCGUCAAAUAGGUUUCCUGGUUUUGGGUGGCCAUGGGUCGGUUGGUGGGGUGAAAAAAAAAAUCACGAGAAAUGUGAGAACAGGAGGCCUGAAAUACCAGCAUCAUUGCCGUGGAGCCUGAAAACAACAAGACAUGGUCACCAAAUCGACACAAACUCAAUAUGGCGGAAAAUGUGAUGGUCAAUUUCAUAAAAAAAGGCCUAAAAAGGGUAAAAAGCAAAAAGGAUACACCACCGAACGUUUUAUGCCUGGAAAUGCUGUUAGAAUGCUCAUUUUUUAGAUUAAAAAAAUUAAUUUAAGUCCAAAAAAAAUAGACCUUGUCGUUUCUUUUUCUUGCCUUUUUAAAAAUGCCAAAAAACUGGGUCUGUUGGACGACACUAAACGAAGAAAAAAUUAAUAUAGGUAUUAAGCUCCCUUAAAGUAUAAAAGUAUAAGUUUACAAGGCCAGGAUCGAACGUAUGCUGAGUAACUAAAUGAUAAAAAUGUGAUCAAAAUUAAAUGAAAGGCUAAGACUCUAAGCGCUGUCUGAUAACGAAACGGUAAACAAGAAGUGCUGCCUCUCAUUUAAUAGAGACGUGAAAUACUAGGAGGACCACAUCCUGAACUCCAGCGAAAACCACAAGAGAGGAACGCUCAGGGCUAAGAGACUAAACAGGGGCGUAGCUACUUGUACGCACCGUUCGCACGUGCGUACCCGAAAAAGUUGAGGAGAAAAAAUAAAAUGAAAUAAACAUAACUAACAAAAUCGGUUUCCAGAGAAGCGACGACAUUAAUUGGAGAACCGAAUCUUGGAUGAUUUAUUUAUAUAGCAAGCUUGAUGAUGUAAAGCGUGAACGCGUUGNAUAAUAGUUAUCUAAAUAAUUAUUUUCUGAAUUUACCUGCGCCGCAUGCACACCACAAAAACUAUUAGGGCCACGAUGAUUAGCACCACAAUUGGAACAGCUAUGUACAGAACCAUCCUAACUUCCUUAGAUAAUGGUGAGGAAUCACCUGGAGAAACAACACAUGCAGCACAAUUCAGUCAUUCAUGGCAGAUAGAAUGAAGACAAAACAAUGACUAUAGAUCAGAAAAUGCAAUUAUGUUUGUAAGAGGAAUUAGUGACAUCUUUUUACUGUCAAAAAAAUCUGAAACAAAUUAAAUCCUACCUGGAUCUUUUGUGGCAGGUGAAAUUUCCUCUGUAAGAAAACAAAUUUAUACCAUUAUCAUAAUCAUUACAUUGUUUAUGUAUGUUUACAAUGAAGGAUUACAAUGAUUGCUUGAUGUUGUAAAUCUCUUUAAUUUUCCCUGUUAAAUAUCUUUAAGUAUGUAGAGUACCCACACUGCCUGCCUCGAAUAGCAUUAGCUAAAUGCAGACAGUGUGUACAUGUAUGUUUAAUGUACACUGUAUUUCUCUGCUUUUUAACCCAUUCACUCCUCGAGAUUUUGCUGAAAAACACGUUUUCAAGCUAGUCAAGUGGUUUUCUGGUCACUGCCGUGCUAUAAAGAGCAAAAACUUGCCACAAAAUCAUGAUCAGUUUAAGGUUGUACACUUCACCGCCUUCUGAUCCAGAUGCAAACUAUUAGCUUGCAAAGUUCAGGCAUGCGCAGAAAGCAAAAUUUCACAAUAGUUUUUGAGUUAAAAGUGACACAGCAGUCUUGACUUUUACUUUUCGCUUUCUCUCCUCCCCUCUUUUUUCGCUUUCCUUGCCUCAUUUUUUUUUCUCUUGCUGGGCAUUUAGUAGGCUUCAUUUUGGUGGGAAGAGUUUUUAGGAAAGCUUUUACGAUCUUAGGAUUAGGUGAAAGGAAAGGUAGGUGGGUAACUGAACAAGAUCUUCAUGGAGAUUUUGAGGUCAAUGUUACAUGGUUUUUGUCCUUUUUCUCUGGUGUCCUAGACUGAAUUGUACUCAUUCUGGUAUGGUUCGAAAAAUCUCUUCACUCUGCACAUUAAGUUAGCGGACAAAGUUGCCCCCUACCGUCAAAACUGAUGACGUCACAAGCGAUAGAAAGGACAUGGAUCCACAGGGGCGGUUACUGGCGGCUCAGGGGUGAAUGGGUUAAUAAAAUUGUUGUUAUUGUUGUUGUUAAUUACUUCCUACAUGUAGAAAGAAAAUGCAGACUUCACACAAAGCAGAAUCAAAAAAACACUUGUCAAAUGAAAAUACGAGCGGUGGAAGCGGCGCGGAUACAAUUUUCUACAGUUUAGAUUGUGCUGUUAUCAAGGUGUUUUGAUACAGUUUUUGGGAGACCAUACCAAUGUUUUUCAAUCACCUUAAAAGUGAUUUUAUCCUUGUUCAAUUGCUACAAAGUUUUACACCAGUGAUCGACUAUGAAUUGAAGUUUGUCAAAAUGCAGUUUUUAAUAGAAUCGAUAUCACUAUGACAACAAUAAACAAAAAACUUUGAAAUCGAUAAAAUCCAAAUUUUGCGUGAUCUAGACCUGCUCCACUGAAAAUCUGACACCAGGAACAUAAAGCGUGGUGUUUAGCAAAUAACCUCCCUGAGAAGUAAAAAAUUCUGUAUGUUUGAAUUCAAUAAACCGCAAACAUAUUUCAAACCUAAUAUUUUAAAUAGCCGUGAUAAAUUGUUUAAUAGAAAGAGUUCUAAAUGACUCACGUUAAUCAAGCAACAGAAGGCUGCUUAACAUCAUUAAUUUUUUCAAUGCUAGGAAAUUUUGGUGUAUUUUCUUUCUUGCAAUCCUGAAAGCUCAAAAAAAUUCCAAAAUUUCCGAGCAUCAAAAUAUGAUGUUAAGUAGCCUUUUGAUGCUACUUAAGAUUAAUUUGAGUUAUUUAGAACUUUUUUAUUAAACAACUUAAGAGUGGAUGUCAGUAAAUAUCAACCAGAGGUCUACAAAAGUGAAAAAUCGAAAAUUCUCAAAAAAAUUCACAAAGUAGCACUAGGUAAGCUAUUAACAAAAAUGUAAUUUUUACUUUGAUCCGAUAAUUAUUUUCCACAUACGGGGGGUUUGAAUUUUAAAACGAUUUUUUUUUGUGACACAUGGUCUCGGGUCUGGAAAACCCGGUCAGAGAGCCGCGAAAUCAAUAUUAUUGAUUUCGCGGCUCUCUGACCGGGUUUUCCAGACCCGAGACCAUGUGUCACAAAAAAAAAUCGUUUUAAAAUUCAAACCCCCCGUAUGUGGAAAAUAAUUAUCGGAUCAAAGUAAAAAUUACAUUUUUGUUAAUAGCUUACCUAGUGCUACUUUGUGAAUUUUUUUGAGAAUUUUCGAUUUUUCACUUUUGUAGACCUCUGGUUGAUAUUUACUGACAUCCACUCUUAAGUUGUUUAAUAAAAAAGUUCUAAAUAACUCAAAUUAAUCUUAAGUAGCAUCAAAAGGCUACUUAACAUCAUAUUUUGAUGCUCGGAAAUUUUGGAAUUUUUUUGAGCUUUCAGGAUUGCAAGAAAGAAAAUACACCAAAAUUUCCUAGCAUUGAAAAAAUUAAUGAUGUUAAGCAGCCUUCUGUUGCUUGAUUAACGUGAGUCAUUUAGAACUCUUUCUAUUAAACAAUUUAUCACGGCUAUUUAAAAUAUUAGGUUUGAAAUAUGUUUGCGGUUUAUUGAAUUCAAACAUACAGAAUUUUUUACUUCUCAGGGAGGUUAUUUGCUAAACACCACGCUUUAUGUUCCUGGUGUCAGAUUUUCAGUGGAGCAGGUCUAGAUCACGCAAAAUUUGGAUUUUAUCGAUUUCAAAGUUUUUUGUUUAUUGUUGUCAUAGUGAUAUCGAUUCUAUUAAAAACUGCAUUUUGACAAACUUCAAUUCAUAGUCGAUCACUGGUGUAAAACUUUGUAGCAAUUGAACAAGGAUAAAAUCACUUUUAAGGUGAUUGAAAAACAUUGGUAUGGUCUCCCAAAAACUGUAUCAAAACACCUUGAUAACAGCACAAUCUAAACUGUAGAAAAUUGUAUCCGCGCCGCUUCCACCGCUCGUAUUUUCAUUUGACAAGUGUUUUUUUGAUUCUGCUUUGUGUGAAGUCUGCAUUUUCUUUCUACAUGUAGGAAGUAAUUAACAACAACAAUAACAACAAUUUUAUUAACCCAUUCACCCCUGAGCCGCCAGUAACCGCCCCUGUGGAUCCAUGUCCUUUCUAUCGCUUGUGACGUCAUCAGUUUUGACGGUAGGGGGCAACUUUGUCCGCUAACUUAAUGUGCAGAGUGAAGAGAUUUUUCGAACCAUACCAGAAUGAGUACAAUUCAGUCUAGGACACCAGAGAAAAAGGACAAAAACCAUGUAACAUUGACCUCAAAAUCUCCAUGAAGAUCUUGUUCAGUUACCCACCUACCUUUCCUUUCACCUAAUCCUAAGAUCGUAAAAGCUUUCCUAAAAACUCUUCCCACCAAAAUGAAGCCUACUAAAUGCCCAGCAAGAGAAAAAAAAAUGAGGCAAGGAAAGCGAAAAAAGAGGGGAGGAGAGAAAGCGAAAAGUAAAAGUCAAGACUGCUGUGUCACUUUUAACUCAAAAACUAUUGUGAAAUUUUGCUUUCUGCGCAUGCCUGAACUUUGCAAGCUAAUAGUUUGCAUCUGGAUCAGAAGGCGGUGAAGUGUACAACCUUAAACUGAUCAUGAUUUUGUGGCAAGUUUUUGCUCUUUAUAGCACGGCAGUGACCAGAAAACCACUUGACUAGCUUGAAAACGUGUUUUUCAGCAAAAUCUCGAGGAGUGAAUGGGUUAAAAAGCAGAGAAAUACAGUGUACAUUAAACAUACAUGUACACACUGUCUGCAUUUAGCUAAUGCUAUUCGAGGCAGGCAGUGUGGGUACUCUACAUACUUAAAGAUAUUUAACAGGGAAAAUUAAAGAGAUUUACAACAUCAAGCAAUCAUUGUAAUCCUUCAUUGUAAACAUACAUAAACAAUGUAAUGAUUAUGAUAAUGGUAUAAAUUUGUUUUCUUACAGAGGAAAUUUCACCUGCCACAAAAGAUCCAGGUAGGAUUUAAUUUGUUUCAGAUUUUUUUGACAGUAAAAAGAUGUCACUAAUUCCUCUUACAAACAUAAUUGCAUUUUCUGAUCUAUAGUCAUUGUUUUGUCUUCAUUCUAUCUGCCAUGAAUGACUGAAUUGUGCUGCAUGUGUUGUUUCUCCAGGUGAUUCCUCACCAUUAUCUAAGGAAGUUAGGAUGGUUCUGUACAUAGCUGUUCCAAUUGUGGUGCUAAUCAUCGUGGCCCUAAUAGUUUUUGUGGUGUGCAUGCGGCGCAGGUAAAUUCAGAAAAUAAUUAUUUAGAUAACUAUUAUCUUUAGGUUAUAAUAGUUAGUAAUUGAUGGUUAAUAUUUCAUAAUAGAUAAUAAUUAAAGAAUUUAUUAGUGAACAUCAAAUUAUGAGUUUAUACUCUGAUGUAGCAUAAUUAUACUUGUAGGAAGAUUUACGCAACAAUUUUUUGCCUCUGUAGAAUCUCAACUUUGAAGUCCCAAGGGUGACCAACAUCAAUUUUGUCCUAACAAAAAUCAAUACAUCAUCAGGAGAAAUUGUUAUGAAAAUUAGUAAAAUGAUCACCAAAAAAUACCUUUGAUAUUAUUUUGAAAAAAAAUUUCUUAUUACUUAGAGGAAAUGUAUGGAGAAGUCUGGAGAAUUUGUAUGUGUGGGAUAUUGUCGCUUAUAGUGUUAAGGCUGUGAGAUGGCUGCCUGUGUCAUGAUGUCUGUUUUGCAUUCAAAAGGAAUAGGUACAUGUAUACUAAAAGAAUAACUGCAUUACAUUUCAUGAUAGAGCACAGUGUAUAAUUAUCAUUUAUUCAUUAAUUAGUAAGUUUUUUUUGGAUUUGGUUAUAUUUCUUUUAGGGACAGGAUACUAAAAGGAUAUGGAAGACCAGGAGAUAGUGAGCAAAGUAGGAAAUUCACCUUUUUUUUUUCUGUGAAUGCUACAAUACUAGCAAUUGCCCUUUUGAUAUUUCUUGUUACCUUUUCAUCUUAAUUAACAUCUUAACUUUCAUUACUACUACAAUAAUUUCCUACAAAAAUAGGAAUAAUUAACAAUUAAUCCUCAAGCCGGAAUGGGCUCUGAGUCAAUAGCCCAUGAGGCUGAAGGCCAAAUGGGCUAUUGACUCAGAGGCCAUGAGGGCGAGAGGAAUAAUUGUUUUAGUAAAAUCCAACUAGUUGGUCAAAAAUAUUGAGACAAAACAACUUGAGCUAGCAAAACGUGAUUCAGCCGCCAUUGUUUUGGUUUUUAAAGCCGGAGCUUAUUACUACUAGUGGGCUAUGACAUAUAGCCUAGUAGUAGUUCAACCAAUCAGAAUGCAGCGUUGAUAAUAGACCACUAGUUGGAUUUUACUAAUAGGAAAUAUUUGUAACUUGCCUUUUUCUAUUUUCCUACUGCUGUAUUGUGUAUGUGCAAUAAGAUUAUUUUUAUUGUGUGAAUUCUUAGGGGAUAAAUCUAGCUGCUGAAAGAUGGAGGACUCCUUUGUGAUUGGCACUGAUGAUUGAUUAUUUAAAAAAUAGCAUCAACCGACCUUAGGUGUCUGUGUUAUAAAAGUAAAGGGGUAUCACACCACCUCUCUGUAAGAUGCAGGACACCUUUGUGAUUGGCCGUUUCUUAGAGACGUGUGUCAAUUUAGAUUGAUUAAAGAAUAGCAGGGAUCAACCCUAGCUUUCUGUGUUAUAUAGGUAGAGGGGGUGUCACACCAACCGUUCAUAAGAUCAAGGACACCUUUAUGAUUGGCACUGUCCUGGAGAGGUGUGUCAACAGAUUGAUUAUUUAAAGAAUAGCAUGGACCGACCCUAGGUGUCUGUAUCAUAAAGGUGAAGGUGGUGCUACACCAACCUUCUGUAAGAUGCAGGACACUGGCACUUUCCUGUAGAGAUGUGUCAAAAGAUUGAUUAUAUAAAGAAAAGCAUGGACUGAUGCUUGAUGUCUUGGCUAUAAGUUAAAGAGGGUGUCACACCAACCCUCUGUAAGAUGCACGAUGUUUGUGACUGGGGUUUCACAUCAAUGCAAUGUGUACCAUUCCUCUACAAUGUGCAGCUAAGCUUAACUGGCCAUAGGGUAUGGUACUUAGUCGAGGUGGUUUCAUGACCUUCACCACAUUUUGACAUACAUGUACGCACAUGUAUUAUUUUUUUAAAUGCCUUAAUUUAUUAUCUAUUGUUCUUUUUUUAUAUUGAUGUAAAGUUGAAUUGCCGUCUCAUGGUCAGAGGCUGUAUAUUGACCCUUGUAAUUAUGAAGAUCCAGAGGAAGCCUUGAAAGAGUUUGCCAAAGAGCUGGACAAGAAGUGGAUCACCCUAGAGAAGGUUAUUGGUGGAGGUAUGUCAGGCAGUUACAUUUUCUUGAGAAUCGACACCACCCCUGAAAAUGGUACAGGCAAUGUUUUACUACAUGUACGGUUAAGUGUUGAUUUUGACCUAAGUUCACAGGGUUCAAAAUAACAUCCAGUCAACAGACAUUGUCUGGCCACCAGGAUUACCGUUUGUCCGGACAAACUCUCAGUCACUCCGGUCGAUUAGAUGGCUUUCAAAUAAAUAACUAAAAAAGUUGAUUUAUUCACUUUUAUUCUGGAAAUUACAGAGACUGUUAAAUCAUUAAAUAUUUUAGCUGCUUGAAGUCUCAAAUUUGGAGAAUACGGAUGAGAAAGUUACGUUCUGCGGCUGUCUAAGUGACACUUAUCGUUUUGCUAUAAAAUAAAACAAAAACGUGUACAUCUGUAAGUACGCUAAACCGUCAACAACAAAAAUAAUAUCGCAUCAAUCAACAUCUACUAUUAGUAACGGACAGAAACAACAACUCUCUAAAGUUGUUUGUUAUUAUUGAAAAAAAAAGGAAUUCCGUCUUUGUUGCGUGUUUUAUCAUCUGCAAAAUCAUGAGAAAGAAUACAUCGCAAAAUGCCCUGAAUGUUAGAUGAACAAUGUUUCUUUCAAUUUUGUUCUAUCUUGUAAUGCAACAAGUUUUGGAGCGUGCAAGGCAAUGUUUUGUUUCGCAAGUGGCUUUUACUAUAAAAUAAAUGUUUCAAUAUUUUGACUGGUCGAAGAUGGUAUUGACCGAGCUGAAAUCUGUUUGGUUGGCCAUAUUUUGCCUGGCCAGAAGUGACCCAUGAUCGAACUUAAAAUUGUUUGGCCGGUCAACAUGACUGGCCAUCAUACAAAAAUUAUUUUGAGCCCUAGUUUAUCUCAUGUCUUUUGAGUCUGUGGCUGAAAUCAUUAACUGUGACUGGGUGCAAGCUAGUGUGCAGUGACUGUAUGUUAUGUAAGAGGCUGGUACUGUAGUAAUCUUGAGGUAUGAGUGGCCAGCCACUUGCUCUCUGUAAGUUAAGUGGUGACUGGGCAGAGUGACUGGGAGUGUUAAGUUGGUGGAGUGGUGCGUGGGGCUUGGAGAGAAGUUAUUUUCCAAACAUGCUUGAUUUGGGUCAUGUUCACAACGUUUUUUUUUUCUUUUUCUGAAAGCAGCACCUACAAAACUGUCUCUGUUGUACUGUAUAUCAUACAGUACAAGGAAGUCUGAGCUUUUGAGUCAAUGCAUCAAAGUUUUAUCAUUUAAAUAGAAACCACUGAGCGUGUGUAGAACAGUGUAUGUGGGUUGCUUUAGUGCUGCUUAUUAUGCUGUAGAAGGUGGUUCUAAAUCUUGAGUUUGUGGAUAAGAUCAUUAGUGUGACCACUCAAAUUGUUAUUCUUUGUAUUAAAUUAGGCUGUCUGAGUUAUUGGAUCAUUGAUUCUUUGAAUGAUCAGGUUACUCCUACUGAUAUACUAUGUACAGGCUGAAGGCCUUUCUAAUUUACUAUAUUCCCAACUCAGGUGAAUUUGGUGAUGUUUACCAAGGGACAUUAACACGACCAGAUGAAGAACCCAUUCUUGUUGCUGUCAAAACUUUGAAGGUGGGUUAAUGUUUAGUUGUUGUCUUCUGUAGAAUUGGCCAGUUGAAACUGCAUUGAGUCAAGUAGCAGAGACUGCCGUUAACUAUCGCGUAAAAGCCCUGGGCAUAUAAGGGGGAAGGGGGGGGGGAGAGCUUAUAUCCAAGGAAGUUUAUAACCCAAAUGGGAAAAGCGUUUCGAAACAACCUAUAGCAGGACUGAUUUAAAGACAUUUUGUUUUGACUGUUUUUUAAUUUAGGAUGUUUCAAAACUCUAUACUAAAUCGAAUCCGUUUCAAUACGUUUGGAAAAGAGCUGUUUAAAAUAAUGCUUCAUGAUAGUAAUGUUUGACAAAAGGAACAUAAAAAACGAAAAAAACUACUCUGUCAUGUUUGUUGAAAAGUUUUGUGGUUUUUUUUUGUUUUUUUUUUUUUUUUUUGUAAGGGUGGGCACGUGAAACGAGAAUGAGGGAAAGAGGGGGAGAUUGCUUUAAGGUAGGGCGAAAAGGGGGGGGGGGGGGGGGGGGGGGGGGGGGGGGGAGAGCUUAUAUCCAAGGAAGUUUAUAACCCAAAUAGGAAAAGCGUUUCGAAACAACCUAUAGCAGUGCUGAUUUAAAGACAUUUUGUUUUGACUGUUUUUUAAUUAAGGAUGUUUCAAAACUCUAUACUAAAUCGAAUCCGUUUCAAUACGUUUGGAAAAGAACUGUUUAAAAUAAUGCUUCAUGAUAGUAAAAGCUCAGAAGAAUUAAUAAUUCAUUGGUUUGAGUUUUGGUGACGUCAUGUGAAAACCAAGAAUUGAUGAUUUGCAGAAAGAAUCCUCUUUCAUAACCAUUGGUUUAGAACCUCAUAACAUUGUACAACUCUUACUUUUGGUUUCAUUAUUUCCUUGUUUGUUUAACAAUAUACACUUAAUGUCAGAUCCCAAGGGAAACAGUAAGUUUUGUUUUCCCGAGAGUCCAGGGAAACAUCAGGACUGGAGGGAAAACAAAUCUAACUGGCUUCCCGAGGGAUCUGACUUUAAGUGUUCUGUUAUAUUUCUAGACUUUCACUUCAACAGCAACAAAAGAAUAACUGGAGGGAAUCAAAACAGUACUUAUAAAAACCCGAAUUUAAUUUUCAAAACCACUGAAUGAAUGAUUUACCAAGUACUUUCCUUAUAAAUUAUUAUCUGCAUCGUUUUUCUCCACCACUGUAGCUGUUGUUUCUCCUCUGGGAUAACUUUGAUUAUCGUUUCUCCUUUCGUGUAGGCUGGAGCAGCAACAAAGAACCGUAAAGAUUUUAUAUUUGAAGCUUCCAUCAUGGGACAGUUUUGCGAUCCAAAUGUCAUAUAUCUGGAAGGUGUUGUAACUAAAAGUAAGUGGAAAUAGAGAGCCUAUGCCUAUCAUUCACAAUCUGUACGUAAAUAUUUGUUUUAAAAAUAAAUGAAAAAAAAAAAAAAAAAACCUUUUCUAGUGACUUUACUGAAAUGGCCUCCAACUCUUAUUUUCUCAUAUUUACCAACAGCCUUGCCGUUAAUGAUUGUUAUUGAGUUCAUGGCCAAUGGCUCCUUAGACAACUUUCUUAAGGUAAGUUUACCAGCCUUCGCGAUAUAAUUACUGAUGAUUGUUGUAUCUUGAAACUACAGACUUCUAACGGGCAUUAUAAAGGACGUUGUUGCAUAAGUUUUGCGCCUUUUUUUACCAACUGAGGCAGGUUGUAUCCUAUUGUAAAAAGAUUGUACUCAGGCACUCUGAUAAUAGUUUGCGAUAAAAUUGUCAUGUUCUAUUUGUUUUGAAAUCCUCUCAAGUUGUGAAUGAUUUACUGUAUCAGUACCUAUCUUGAAAGACUGGACCACCUUGAUUAGCUUAGGCUUUGGCCAAACGACGAACUUCUCAUGAGACGAAUCAAACCCUAAUUUGGGUCGACGUAAAUUAAGUUAAGAUCGUCUGUUGGGUCAAACGUCGAAGUUAGGACGCCUCAAACAAAUCAACUGAAUCAGACCAAAAUAGCAAUUUUAGCCGGUCAGCGAGUGUUCAGCGAUAAAUUUUUCCCCGAACGAGACUACUAAGAAUACAUUAUCAUACAAAUUUUUAAUUAAUGAGUUAAGUUUGUUGCAUGUGAAGAUCGACGUUUGUCCCGGAGACGACCCUCAGGCGUUUUGUACGUCUGAAGCAGACGGAUAGAACGUGUUAGACGAUCCAAACUCAUUCAGACGAACCUCAUUGAGCCAGACGUCGAACUUUUCAUGAACGCCGGUAACUCACUGAGUUUGGUUUGGCCUAGGCCUUAGCUACCUGCAGGUCGAUCCAUUGUAAAUGUGUCUUUACUUGAAAAUAAUAAACUUGGACCUUUUUUGAAACUUGAUUUUUCUUAGAAAAUGGAUGGUAAAUUAACAAUACAGCAACUGCUUGGAAUGGCACGCGGCGUUGCUUCGGGAAUGAAGUUUCUGUCCGAAAUGAACUUUGUUCACCGGGUAUGUAAAUUUCAGCCAGCUUGUCCCUGGCUUAUAUUUUUUAGUUUGUCUUGUAUGGUGAUGAUGUGGAGGCGUGUGUGGCCGAGUGGUUAGCACCUCGAACUCCGGAUCUGGAGGUCCGGGGUUCAAGCCUAGCCCGUCGCGUUGUUUCCUUAGACAAAGAACUUUACUCCACUUUGUCUCUCUUCACCCAGGUGUAUAAAUGGGUACUUUCGAAAUAUUGCUGGGGGGUGACCCUGCGAUAGAUUAGUAUCUCGUUCGGUGGAAAGUAGCUAUGCUCUUAGGUGCUUCAUGCUAAUGAAACUAGGAUAAGCUCCGGCCGUUUGGGCCUUUGGCUCGUGUGCGCCUCUACCUUACCCUUGUAUGGUGAAAUAUCAGGAAAGAAAAACAUUGAGAUAUUUUUGAAGGAAGGAUUCAACAUAUUUUACUUCCGGCGACUUCAGAGGAAAUGGUUAAUCAGUCACCCAGGCUUUAGUUAGAAAGUAGCCGACAUUUCACGACGCGACCACUGGUCUCCCCGCGAAGUUACGUCUGAGAAACGACUUCACUGAGAAAUUCCAUACUGAUGAUGUGUCACUACCCAGGUCUGGGUAGUGCGUCUGAUUGGUCGUACCGCGUGUGACAUUUGCCUCAACCAAUCAGAAGCACUACCCAGAUCUGGGAAGUGCGCGUCAUCAGUAUGGAAUUUCUGCGCUCGUUCCUGAAACGUCAUUUCUCGGGGAAAGCAGUAAGGCGUCGCGAAAUGUCGGCUGUUUUCUUAGGCUUGGUUAUACUGUAUGUAUAGCCGACUAAGUUGUCGUAAGCUCGAUAAGUACUGGCUUUGAAGUUCUGUUGUUUUCUAUUCCAGGAUCUUGCUGCUCGGAAUGUUUUGGUUUCAGAAACCAUGGUAUGUAAGGUGGCUGAUUUUGGUCUGUCAAGAGAGUUGGAAGACGCUGCUUAUGAAACGAAGGUAUCUCACGGUUUUUUUUUGGUUUGUCAGUAUCGUGUUUUGUCAAUAUGAAUGUAUGUGAGGCACGCUGUAGAUAUUCUUCAAGAGCAGAUGCAAUGUGGAUAUCGUUGGACAAAUAAUAAUGUCUGAUCAGAUAGUUUUGGAGAUCCUCUCCUACUCGUCUAGGAGACAUCCAGUUUAAAUACUGCACAAAGUUAUGUCAGACAAGGCUUCAGAUAUCCACGAAAAUAUAAUGCAUAAAUGCGUGUUGGGUAGGUUUGCAGACAUUUCGUCUAGGCGCAGUAUAGUGUGGAUAUUGCACAAAUAAAUACCACGUUUGCAGAUGUUCGAGGUAGAUUGCAGACUUGCCAAAUCUCACGACUUUUUCUUACCUGUCUCAAGCUCUCACGAGUUGGCAACUGAUUUCUCAGGCUUUUUCGAAAAGUCAAACCCCAGAAAACAUUUGGAGCAGUGGGGUUCGUUCCCAAGUUAGAUAUGGAUAGAUAGCCAGCUCAAUCCAAGGAAAACCUUAGUGGUCGCGUUUUUUCCUUAUGCCUGCUGUGACUUGUCGCUGCCACCAAAUGCGCAGACGCGCAAUUUCCUUCGUUUCAAGAUGGCCGCCAACAAACUUGACCAUCAUCUUGUCUGCAGCGACGAAAAGGGGAGUGAUAUAUCUGGUGUGGAGGGGCGGUCGUCUAGUAGACAAACUAAGCUUUCCGGCCCUGCAACUUACAUGUACAAGAGCACUUUCGUAUAUUUGGCGCAUCUCACUACCUUUGACCCAUUUCUUACUCCUUCUCCCAGCUCUAGGUUCGGAAUGUCAUAUUUUUUUGCCUUUUGGGGGUUGGCAAAUCUGUUCAAAGCCACUUUUUGUUCAUUCUGUUGCCGCACAAAAGUUUCCCCUGGUAGCUUUCGUGUAUUUACUUUAAGUCUACUUAAGAAGUACUAAGUGGUUUAUUUUAACUGCAUUAAAGUUUUGUUUUGUUUUUUUCUGUCGUCACCUGCCCUCUCGUGCAUCCGUUUGACUUGACUCGUAUUUUACUUCAGGGGGGUAAGAUUCCUGUGAGAUGGACAGCUCUGGAAGCGAUUGAGUAUCGUAAGUUCACAGCGGCAAGUGAUGUUUGGAGCUAUGGAGUUCUUUUGUGGGAAAUAAUGUCAUUUGCAGAGAGGCCAUAUUGGGAUUGGACUAAUUUUGAGGUGAGUGGAAACAUAGGUUACUACUCUGUAUCGUGCUAAGUGACCUGUCUGACAGUCAUACCAGUCUAUACCACUCAUUAAAAGUGGUUGUGAUUGAUAUCGAUGAUUUAUUUCAGUCAUAUUUAUUAAUGCUCCCCUCCCCAAAUCCAAACAACAAAAUAACAACAACAACAUACAAAACCAAGCAGACAAUCAAAUGGAGAGCUGUUUACCGUGUUCAAACGUUUUGAUGUUUCUUUUCUAUAUACUUUUUCAUGGCAUUUAAGUCCCCUAGCUCAGCUCCCUUUAAUCCGGUAGCUGCAGUUGAAAACAAAUAAGCUAUUGAAUUUAUUCCGUAUCGCUUUCAAAACUCAUUAUUCUUUUUCACAGGCAAUUAAAUUCGAGCUGAAGCGACUUUUUAUUGAUUUCUGCUGUUUCUGAUCAAAAAAGGUCAGCGAAACUCAAAAAACAUUCUCCACACUUUGCCACACAAAUAAGGAAAUGACCAGGUAAUUUGCCUGCCGCGAAAUAGAAUGUCCUGAAAUGACGUCACAAUCAUUCCCAGUCUUCUGUUUUCGCCGGCGCGGUUUUGUAGCUCACCGGAAGUGAAAUUUCACGUUUUUGGCAGGUUAAAACACGGGGAAGAAAAAUCGCUAUCGAAAAAAUUUUUUUGCUUUCCUUAUCAAAACACUGUAUAGAUUCUAUCAAGCAAAUAAAAAAAUUUCUGUCAUAUACACUUUAAAAGAAUCAUCAGCUUAUUAUAGGGGUCCUGUGCUUGCAUCGAUACUCUGGUUGGCCUGUGCAAGUGUCAGCCUCCACGUGCAGCAUAACAGCUUUCUGGAGUUGUGUUCAGUUUCAUCAUCAUCAUCAUCGGUCGGCUGCAGAGCAGGCGACUACGAGCUUCCUCCAGCCACAACGAUCCUGUGCCAAAUCAGACAGCUUGCCCGGGCCAAUCAUGUUGUCUGUGUCCCCCAAAAGGUGUUGAAUGUAUCUGAGAAACAGGGUUCGUUGCCUUCCUGGUUUUCUCUUCCCAUGUGGUGGAAUAUACAGGGCGUACUCCUUGCAUGGCUCAUCAUCAGGCAUCCUGAGCACAUGACCCAGAAACCUCAGUUGGCGGGUUCUGACAUUUUCUACUAGCGGGGAAAAGAAUUUAAGAAUGGUUAACGGUGGAACAUUUAUUUCAUCAGCUUAACUUUAUAAAACUAACUUUACAUUCACACUAUUACCGGACAGCUUUUCGUAACGACACGGUGCAGUGUGAACACUUACCUGAUAUUGCUCGGCGCGUAGUUUCGUAAGGUCUCGGCACAAAAGCUAUCCGGUAUCGUUGAAUUAUUAUCUUUGAGUACUGGCUAACUGAUUGUCUGCCUUGUCUUUUUUAUCAAGGUGAUGGACCGAGUCAAAGGUGGCUACCGUCUUCCACCGCCUUUGGUACGUAAUGGCUACGUGUUACUUUCAUAACCUUUAGGUUGAAAUCUUAUUUUUGCUUCUAACGUGAGUUGUACUGAAACUCUAUAACAGAACAGUAGCUACACUUGUAAAUUACACUCACAACUGUAAAAGUUUUACCUAAUUGACCGCAGUUUACAGUUCUGUUCUGUUGUUUAGGUAUUUGGAAGCUGGAUGUAAAUCUUUGCGAACGACAGUUUAAACUCCUUAUUUCGAUGAAGAAUCACGGAUAUUGUCCCGUAAUUGUUCUGCUACUUCAACCUUUAAUAAUCCUUGGCCGGCUUAGAGCACCGGGUAUAACUAGCAAAGCUAAAUGGACAACUUAAAUAUUUUAAAGCAAAGAAGAUUAUCGCCAUGCUUAUGCAUUUCAUUAAAAAAUAAGACAAAGAACAAACAAGCAAACAAGAAACGUAGGAGUUACACCGGCUAAGACUGAUACAAGCUGGUGAUUAACUGUGACAGUGAUUGUAACCUUGUAAAGGAAAUCUGGACGUAAUAAAGUUGCCUAGUCAUACAGUGUUUGUGGCAGAUGAAAUAGGAUCCUCUCAUUGUUGAAGUUUGUUUUAUUUUAUAAGGUUUCUAAUUAAUUUUCUAUUGCACGUUUGUAAGCGACUCUAAUAGGGGGAUCACAUGUCACAUUCACAUGAUCCAUAGGCGUAGACAUUCAUUCUACUGGAAUUAAAAGCCCACGAUGCUCUGAAUGCUCGAUAAAAAUUUGUGGUUGCGUUAGUCAAAAAAGACCUAGCAGCAGGAUGCAAUAACUUAUAGAUAAUUUCAUUCUAUUCUACCGUUAUUCCAGGGCUGCCCUAAAACUAUUCACCAGAUCAUGUUAAAUUGCUGGAACGCUGACAGGAGCAAGAGGCCAAAGUUUGUUGACAUAGUCAAGCGGUUGGAUGUGUUAAUUCGCUCCCCAGACAGGCUUAACGAGGAUCCAACUCCAGAGCCAAAGUAAGGAGUAGUCGUUACAUCUAUAUUUAUUGUUGUCAUAUGCCACGGACGCGAGCCAGUAGAGACUUUCGUUUAUUUCUAUCCUUUUUUUCCUAAUUUAGCCAACAUUUCAUUUAAAUCAAAAAUGGCUAAAUUAUGAAAUAGGGUCGGAGGCAUUGGUUCACUAAAGAUUUGAGAAUUUUGGGGGGGGGGUGGGGUUAAAAGUAUGGAGAAUUUGAAAAUAUGGCAUUUGAGGGUUUUUGAAAUUUAAAAUGCGAAGGGAAUAAGGAUCAAUCUAGGUUUCUGGGAAACUGCCCACCUACCCCUGCCCUAAGCCAUCAUUUUAUCCUAAGUUAGAAGUAAGUGUUUAUGUUAGCUUAGGGGAGGGGUAGGUGGGCAGUUUCCCAGAAUCCUAAAUUGAUCCGUAGCCCAGGGGGGUAGGGGGGAGGGUACUGCCUUUUAAGAGGCUAAUGGGGAUGUGCUGCUGGAUGGGGUCGCAUUUUCACGCCUGGAUUGACUAUAAUGGGGUCACGUUUUCAAUAGAGUUACUAGAAUGGAGUCGCACAUUCUCGGAUUUUUGGGGGUAAGACAGUUCUUCAUGUUUACGGUUAGCAAACUUACCAGAAUGUUUGUACUGCAGAUGAAAAGUAAAGUGUUGUUCAUUCAGUUUAAAAAAAUGGGUCAAUUCAUAAAAAUAGAAAGUGACUAAGCUGGGAUCUCGAAAAUUACAUAUUUGCCCAAAAGUGAUUAAGAUGGGGUAUAUAAUUGGCCACAAAAUAGACUAUUAAAGUAAACAGUCUCAUACGUCAAGUAGACUUCAUUGACUGUUUGUUUCAAAGUAGACAUGUUCCAGCUCUUUUGACGGUAUAUCUGUUCGCAGGUCUCCGAAACUGGAAUACACCGACUUCACUACUAUCAAAGACUGGCUGGAAAGUAUCAAAAUGGGCCAAUACAACGAGAUGUUCAGCAAAGCCGGAUUUACGCACUUACAACAGGUUGCUUCAGAAGACGAGUUGGACCUCAGUGGAAUGGGAAUCAAACUCAUUGGACACAAGAAUAAGAUUCACAAGAGUCUGAAGGAAGUUAAGAAAACGCUGAGCAAAGAUACGGCCUUUUGAAGCUAACCAAGUUUGUACAUAAAAUCAAGUUAACGAUGGGCGUCGUCUCAGUCAGGUCUUUGUCGUUUCAGGCCAUUUACCACGGUUUUCUUCAUUUGGAUCUACGGAUUCGCAUCUUUAAUUUACACUCAUAUGUGGUCCAGUUAUGAAGCAAGGAGUUGUUGAAUUUACACUGGUAGCCCGAGUACAGCCUCGUGGCUGUACCCGAGUAGUGCUUCUAUGUGGCGAACCCUUGACUUAAGGUCUGGACCCAAUAGAAACAAUUCUUACUUGGAGACUGGGAAGUGACCCUUCAUGCUUUUAGUUUCCCCACCCCACUCCUCGUCCAAAUGGUACCAAGUACUUCCAGUACAAAUAGGUUUCAUUUUAAUGGCUACUCGUGGAUUUAAUUCACUUUAAUUUACACAAUUAUUAUCUGUUAGAUUGAUUUCGUUCAUAGCAAACUGAUGGCUACGUACAGACCGCUUGAGUAGUUUUCAAUUUUUAUGGACGUAAUUUAACAUUUCAUUAUUAGUUGAAACACCAUUUUUUUUACGGCAUAAUAAACAGCACGGGCGAACAUGUAUUGUAAGUGACAUUUAUUGGAAUUAUAACACCUAAGGGUUCCAGGAAACGAACCCUUUUACUCAGCAUACCAAAACUUAUCUGCGACAGGAAAACUUUUUCAGUAACCUUCGGUAAAGUGAAAUGCCAGGAUGUUAUUGACCAACCUACGAGUUUUAUUUACCGCUUACAUCAUAAUAAUAGACACUACCACAGAAAGCAGAGAAAGGUGCUGUCAUCAGCUUUGAUUUAGAUGGUCACAUUUUAGAAUUUUAAGCUAGAACCACCUUGUGAAACGUAGUAAUGAAGAAAACCUUAACAUGUGUUAAUUUGCAGCUUUUGCUUUGUCUCUUGAGCAAAGCCGAGACGCAGAACAACAGAAGUUUAUUUACAGCUGAAAUACAAGACAAAACUGUACUAAUUUUUAGCAGUAGAGAACAAUGUAUAGUUUUUCUUAGACUUUGAAACCAAGUAGUUCCAAUGUUUUCAAAAUGUUAAAGAUAACUCGCCUUCGACAUACAUAUGAAGAACUUUGCUGCAUUGUGCCAGCUAUUUUGAUAACUAAAAGUGUCUUGUUAAGAUCUACAUAUAUAUUUGAAAUGGUCAUAAAAUUCUGACAGUAUGCGCUUUCCGCCUGUCUGAAGAUUGAAAUAUAUGCUUGGUCGAGAUUAGACGAGAAGUUUAGUUUUUUAUUGUGCAUUUGGGACAGUUUUGUACUCUCAUUUCUAACAUUAAAUUGUGAAUUAUUGAUAUUUUCAUUGGUAAUAGUGACCAAAGAUNAGAGAACAAUGUAUAGUUUUUCUUAGACUUUGAAACCAAGUAGUUCCAAUGUUUUCAAAAUGUUAAAGAUAACUCGCCUUCGACAUACAUAUGAAGAACUUUGCUGCAUUGUGCCAGCUAUUUUGAUAACUAAAAGUGUCUUGUUAAGAUCUACAUAUAUAUUUGAAAUGGUCAUAAAAUUCUGACAGUAUGCGCUUUCCGCCUGUCUGAAGAUUGAAAUAUAUGCUUGGUCGAGAUUAGACGAGAAGUUUAGUUUUUUAUUGUGCAUUUGGGACAGUUUUGUACUCUCAUUUCUAACAUUAAAUUGUGAAUUAUUGAUAUUUUCAUUGGUAAUAGUGACCAAAGAUUUUUUUAAUUCCAAGAAAUAAAUAAUAUAAGGCUUUUACUUUCUGCCAAAGAGGGCAGAUAAUCUCGAUGUGUAUAGUAGCGAAAUAAAUAUUGUUCACACAAAGGUAGCGAAACCAUGGUUACAUUUAAUUUAGCAAGCAUGUUUUAUUGUAUUAGUUAAGGCCUUUUAGUACGUGUUAAAUAGACAAUAAAGUUCCAGAGAAAGU